GAGUCGGCUGCAAGUUCAUCUUUGCCUCCUCUGGAGCCUGUUUCGGUGAACGACCUGAGGGGCCUGAAACGGAUCUGACCAAAUUUCUGCCGAGUACCAGCUAUGGCAUGAAGCUUGGCAUGGUGACGAAGGCGUGUUGUGAGUUGAUGAUCAACGACUACACACGUCGCAAUUUUCUCGAUGGCCGGGUGGCACGUUUGCCAACCGUGAUCCCUCGACCGGAGCGCAACAGUGGCUUGCCCGCGGCCUUUUCGGAUGUGCUGCGGGAACCUUUACUGGGGAAAGAUUGCGUCUUGAACCUCCCACCAGACAUGCCUCAUGCAGUGUGUGGCUAUCGGGUUCUGGUCAGGACGCAGUUCCCGCCUCCGUGGGAACUGGUGGGCACACGUUGA